CUCGCCUGGCCAGUUUAUCUUGAUGUGUAGAUGUUCAGAAUGUUAGGAAGGCUACUGGACAGUUGGGUUUGAACAUACUCAUGUUCCUUGUUUCUUUUAUUCGAUACUAUGAUAUACUCUUUAUAGAGACGAUCCUAGUUAUAGAAGCUAGAUCGAUUAAUAGCGAGAUCGAUAUUCAAAUCAAAACGAAUUGAACAUGAGAUGAAUAGAGAGAUAGUCUUGUAAUAUUUCUUACAUCCUUAUAUCGAUAGACAGAGACAAUAACAACAGAUGAACAAAUAUGGAGGAAUGGCGGAUGGCUGGCCAUAGUACGCUCUUGCUGCACACUACCACCACCCCACACCGCUGUCGUACUGCUGCUCUUUGAUGUGCUCUUACAACUUAAGUCAUGGCUACUGACUAGCACAAACUGCUUUCAUACGGAUGUAGUGUUCAGACGUGUUGGAGGAUCUUGCUCUGUCAAUACUGUUUUUUGAAAGAUUCAAUUUUGGCAUUGAGCGAGAGCUGAAUGGAGGCUUGGAUUAUAUUUAGGAGCCGACGGAUUAAACUAAUCUGUGUUCUCAAACUCUGGGUAACAUGUACUGUCACUACGAUGGCUCUGUAUCUGUCCUUACAAAUAGUCCAGGACAUCAGCACAAGAAACGAAUGGCUUCUCAGGCACUAUGGCGACAACCAAAGGGCGCGGCUGGUCAGCCAAGUGGAACAGGAACACAUGAAUCAAACCAGUUCUAUGACGGCGCAGUCUCUGUGGGUUGUGAUCGAUGCUACAACGCUUAAAGAGUGUAAUCUGACAAGGAAGUUUUCAGCUCCCUCUGAGUGGAGUCUGGUGAUAGUGUCUACAAACGUCUACCACAUCUCCUGGUGCAGACCUCCUUCCUGUUUCCUCCUCACCCCAAAAGACUGUAAGCAUCAUCUGAGCUCCUGGGCCACGUCAAGUCUUCCCAGCUGCCCCUCAAGGCUGACUGGCUUUCUUUACGCCAUCUCAAAGGGGGCGACAACUAUAUUUAGCCCGAACUGCGCAGACUCCAGUUCUGACACGGACCUGGUGUAUAACCAGUGUGCAACUGACCAUCCGUCUGGCUUGUUGUACAACAGUCCACUAUACUUCGAUGUCGACGACUAUGUCAGCUCCCAUUCUAACGGAGGGGUGACCUGCAAGAGUACGUCCCAUUCUCUCUCUCACGGUAACAAGUAUCUCAUUCAACAGUUUCAACGCGUAGAACUAUUGGAAAUAGUCCCUUUCCAAGAGAGACAACCUUUGCAAGGAACAAGUAAAAAGAAUAUUCUCUCUAGCCUCCCUUUGAUUGUCACAGGUUUUCCUACUUUUGCUUUGUUAUCAGAUAGAAGCUACUGCCUCAGCGGGUCAUCGCUUCUCUGGAUAUACACUCCGCCUGAUGUGCCUGGUUGGUUUGCAUCUGUUUUUAGAUCGAUUUGGUUGAACUCUAUCAAGCGGUAUUUUGAUAUUAAUAUAGGAUACUUCCCAGUGGCUGUUGGCAAAGGUCACAAUUCAAGUCAUAGCUGUCCGUUAGAAAAAGUCAUUGACAUGGGUGAAGUGCUGGCCAACAAGUCCAUCGUUGACUGUGUGACAGACCUAGCUUGUGAAGACGUGGAGCGGACAAACGUCUGCGUGGUGUCGCUAGCCCUGGACACCUUCACCUGCCUACGCCCUCUAGUAGCGGAUGCAAAUGUCAACAUUUCUUACCUGCGUGCUUCUCUGACCGCCUGGGUGGACGACUUUGUCCUUGUGUCAGGUAACCGUCUUUCACGUGUCCUCCAAAUCAAAAGUCAGGAACGCCAAGACUUCUUAGGGGAGUCAGUCCAACUCGUGUUUGGUAAAAGUCUAACUCUAGAUCUUAACGUAAAACCAAUCUAUCAGAAUGGCGCUGACUCUGUCGCCGUUCAGUACAUAAAAAAAGUCUGUCCGAGACUGGACAUCAACGUGACCACGACCUUUGACCGAUGGUUAGCUCCGGCAAUUACGGAUAUUGUUUUGGUCAUUUUAAUGGAGGAUGAAAACUUAGCUAAAGGUCUUCCCUACCUGGAGUACGUCCAUAGACAGUACUUCCUUCACAUAGUGUACUGUGUUCUUUCUGGCAGUUCUUCAUUUGAACAGUUUGUCACCAGAUUAAAGCUUGAACAUAUUAGUUAUAUAACAGGACAUCAUAAUAAUACCAUGCACACGUACUCCUGCCUUAGUCACGUGAUGCGGUUGUCACUUCCGGUCAAAGGUUAUCUUCUCAUUCACCAGAACGUGCUGCUGAACACGUGGAAGCUGCUCAAUCUCUCACGUGACCGAAUUUGGUUUCCUCAAGGCUUCUCAAAACUAAACAUUUAUAAAACCAAGUCCUACAACUUGUGGGCUAAAUGGAACAAUCAAUCAGACAAAGAAUCUCUCAUGAGAGUCUUCAGUCAGCUCCACAGUGAAGCCUCUAACAUCAGUGAAAAGAAUCAAAAGGGGAGAAAAUUCUCUCAAAUAUUUUUGAACACUUAUUUCGACAACUUACAAACGGACUACUUGUUGUCCAGCGCGGUCAACCUUGUGUACAUACCUGACCAACUUCGGGAAGUGUACCUGACCGCAGCAGAAAUGUUUUCUCGUGCUAAUGUUUCAAACAACAUUGCCUUUCCAGCCCUCCAUUUCGGUCUAGCCCCGUCUGCCAACGUAACUUACCUCCCUUCGUCCAGUUUGUCCGGUGAAGACAGAAACUAUCCGUGGAAUUAUUUCUCACAAUUUGACAGCUACGCCAUCUACCCAUUGUCAUUGGACUCUCACUUAGCUAGCAGUGAAGGGAGACAAUUUUUCUGCAGAACAUUCCUCGGUGAAUUAGAUUCAAUUUUUAGAACUAAACCAAUUUCCUGAAUCAAGUAGAGAGGGAUUUCUUAUGGUCCGACAGCUACGCUGGGCAGGGCAUAUAGCCCGUAUGGUGGACGAAUGUAUGCCAAAGGCAGUCCUUUUUGAUGAGCUGAAAGGUGGUAGACGUAACAGACGUGCCCCUCAGAAACUCUUUAAAGACCAGCUUAGGCGCCAACUUGCUUUAAAUGACAUAGAAGAGAUCAACUUUCUGCAGGCGGCUUCGGAACGGGACAGCUGGAGGUCACUUACAAAGGCCGCGGGAUACACAUUUGAGGUUAAAAGAAAA